GCUAACAGAAGAAGAAGAAGAGAAUAUGAAUCAAAUGCCUAUUCCCUUCUUCUUAUCUUUCUGUUAUUCCAAUUCCAAUUCCAGAUAUUUAUUAUUUUUAUUUCUCACAAAUAACCUCUUAAUACCAUACCAUUCCAUGUGACACUCUAAACAACUCAAUUCGAUCAUUGCGUUGGAGCUGAUCAACAUGGGUAACUCCACCAGUGUAACUACGACCAAGGGACAAAAACCACCUGAAACUCACACACACAAUAACGAGGUCUCAGUCAUCAAUCUUUCUUCACACCAAGGGCCAGAUGCAGUUUUGCGAGAUGGAAAGGAAAUACUUUUUCAGGCAUUUAACUGGGAGUCUCACAAAUACGAUUGGUGGGCAAAUUUAGAAAGCAAAGUUCCGGACAUAGCUAAAGCUGGAAUCACUUCAGCAUGGUUGCCACCGCCAACUCAUUCCUUCUCGCCUGAAGGUUACACUCCUCAGAACCUUUACUCUCUUAAUAGUAAAUAUGGUUCUGAGCAUCAAUUAAAAGCUUUACUUCAAAAGUUGAAGCAACAGAAAGUCAGAGCAAUGGCUGAUAUAGUUAUCAAUCAUCGUGUUGGUACCACCCAAGGACAUGGAGGGAUGUAUAAUCGUUUUGAUGGAAUUCCAUUACCGUGGGAUGAACGUGCUGUAACAUCAUCUACUGGUGGACUGGGUAAUCGAAACACUGGGGCCAUUUUCCACGGGUUUCCCAAUAUCGACCAUACUCAAGAUUUUGUGAGAAAGGAUAUCAUAGGAUGGCUUCAGUGGCUUCGCCAUAAUGUAGGCUUUCAGGAUUUUCGUUUUGAUUAUGCAAAAGGAUAUUCACCAAAAUAUGUGAAAGAAUAUAUUGAAGGACCAAAGCCAAUGUUAUCUGUUGGGGAGUAUUGGGAUACAUGCAACUACAACGGUUCUACUUUGGACUAUAACCAAGAUAACCAUAGACAACGAAUAAUCAAUUGGAUUGAUGGCACUGGACAGCUUUCAACUGCAUUUGACUUCACAACGAAGGGAAUUCUCCAGGAAGCUGUCAAGAGAGAAUUUUGGCGUCUGCGUGAUGCUCAAGGGAAGCCACCUGGUGUGAUUGGAUGGUGGCCUUCAAGAUCAGUCACAUUUGUAGAUAAUCAUGAUACUGGCUCAACUCAGGCUCACUGGCCCUUCCCCUCUGAUCAUGUUAUGGAGGGGUAUGCAUACAUAUUGACUCAUCCUGGGACACCAACAAUUUUCUAUGACCACUUUUAUGAUUGGAAUAACUCAUUUCAUGAGCAGAUUGUGAAGUUGAUUGACACUCGCAAGCGUCAAGAUAUUCAUAGCAGAUCACCUAUUAGGAUUCUGGAGGCCAAGCACAACGUUUACUCUGCAAUCAUUGGGGAGAAAGUGUGCAUGAAGAUUGGAGAUGGUUCAUGGAGCCCAUCUGGGAGGGAAUGGACACUCUCAACAUGUGGCUAUAACUAUGCUGUAUGGCACAAGUAGUGUUCAUGUAGCUUGACCCUUCCUCUCCAUGGUUGGUUGUGUACUGAAAUGAUGAGGAAUUAUGUGCUUCUUAAUAGUAUGCUUUUAAUUAUAAUUCUAACUCUAAUACAUGAUGAAAAUGUAGCUCUUUUUGUUUUUGGCAGCUAGUAGGCUUUGUGGAAAUAAUAGCUGCUUGUUUCUGUAAUAUGUAACAAUAAACUGCAACUAUGUGGUGGCUAGGAGACUAACCUAUUUAUAUUAAAACAUAUCCUAGAAAAACUUGGAGCGAGGAGAGAAACUCCUCUCUUGAAACUUCUAAUGCUUACCUUCCUCUUAAACCGCUUCGUUCUAAACGAAAAAUUGUGAAUGAAGAGAGCGGUAAGUAUCUUAAGGCAUUUGAUAAUAAAUAUCUAGAGGCAAAAUUACCAUCGUGGAU